GGAGGCCCAGGCUGGCUGGAGAGUGUCGGGCAGUGGGUCUCUACAGUAAAACUGAAAGAAAAGUUGAAAACUCAGGAAUGGCUGUGGAAGAACUUCAAUCCAUAAUAAACAGAUGUCAAAUCCUAGAAGAGGAGGACUUCAAAGAAGAAGAUUUUGGUCUCUUUCAGUUAGCAGGCCAAAAGUGUUUAGAAGAAGGAUACAUUGCUCAGGUAUUAGACAUUUUAGAAAAUGAGAAGAACAAGGUUAUCAUCAGGAGUAUGGGUUGGAAUCUUGUUGGCCCGGUUGUUAGAUGCUUUUUAUGUCAUAAAGAGGAAGUUGAUAAAAGAGAAAAAUGUUUGAAAAUGCUUGGUUUGUUGGUAAAGCUCUGUCAUCCAAAGGAGCUGCUUUUGGGUUUGCUUGAACUGAUUGAGGAGGCCUCUGGAAAUCAGAUAUCUGAAAUCCUUCUUCUCUUACUUGACCCGCUACAGACAGUGAUUCAGAAACUUCACAGCAAGAAGGCCUAUUCAGUCGGAUUAACUCUGUCAACCCUGUGGAGCCAGCUCUCUGUUCUCCCCGUUCCUUACACAAAAGAACAGAUACAAAAAGAUGAGCAUGGUCUCGGGCAGUGCUGCAAGGCCUUGGUCACCUUUACUAGGCCUUUUGUGGAAGAAGUUGUUAAGAACAAAGGUCACUCCUUGGAAAACAGUCAGGAAGAGCUGAAGGCAGAACUGCUCAAAUUUUGUUUCAAAAGUUUGAAAUAUCCUUUGCUGACAGCACAGUUCAUUGAGGUGCUUGAAGAAAAUGAAGAAGACCCUUUAAAAUCUUUCGCGUCUGAAGUAGUAGGCUUUAUAUUAGCAAUUGGAGACUCUUUGCCAAAGGUGAUUUUUCAGCAUGGAAGAAAAGAAAAGUACUGGGAUAACCCUGACUUGGAAGAAGAGGAAGCUAGCCAACUGGCAGAGUCCAUGGCUUCGCUCGCUUAUCUCGUUUUUGUACAGCGUAUCAGUAUUGACCAGUUUCCACUGGUCUUGAGGAUUCCUUGGUUGAUUUCUUUUACUCCUAGUCUUAAGAUUUUCUCAUUGGUUGUGCGAUGCAGCCAGCUCACACCUACCCUGCACCACCCCAUUGCUCUCUGUGCAAUACUGAUCUUAAAUUCUUUGGAGUCAGUUGUCUUCUAUAUCUUGCUGCCGUAUAUCAACAUUGGGAGAACGUUAGUAUUGAAAGGAUGGACCUUCAUGGGGAGCUUAGGCCCAUUAUAUCUUCUGCAGUACAAUAUGGAACAUAUCAAAGUCCUCUUGAAAAGAGCAGAAGAAUCUGUGUCCUCAAAAGGAUUGGAUCUGCUGGAGAGCAGCUUGUUACGGAUGGAAGAUGGCAGCCUGCUCCACCAUUACUUAGAGAUCAGGAGUUUCCUCACCGUGCCUCAGAAGCUGGUGAAAGUAAUGACCUUCUGCCCCAUUGAGACUUUGAGGAAAAAAGGUUUAAAAGUGCUGCAGCUGUAUAUAGACAAGCUGGAUUCACAAGGCAAAAAUAUAUUAUUUAGGUGUUUGUUGAAGACAAGUAACCAUGCAGGUGUGGAAGGCUAUGUCAUUCAAAAUAUUAAAAAUCAAGUGGAUGCCUCAUUAAAGAGAACAGAGGACAGGAAGUGGUUUACAGGACCCCAGCUGAUCUCACUUCUUGACUUGGUGCUCACGCUUCCUGAAGGAGCAGAGACAGACCUGCUCCAGAAUUCCGAUAGGAUUAUGGCUUCAUUAAAUUUACUGAGGUAUCUGGUUAUCAAGGACAAUGAAAGUGACAAUCACACUGGAUUAUGGACAGAACGGAAGAAUAUUGAGACAAAUUUCUUAAAACCACUACACACAGGACUUAAUAUGUCCAAGGCACAUUAUGAAGCAGAAAUUAAGAGCAAAAAAGAAAGCAGACAAGAAUCUCAUAAUCCUAAAAAUCCUUGCCCAGUAACAGUUGGUGGAGAGAAAAUUCCUGAUGUUCCUAACAUGACUCCUGAGAUGCAACUUCAGGUUCUUCAUUCAGCUCUUUUCACCUUUGAUUUGAUAGAAAGUGUUCUGGCCCGAGUAGAAGAACUCUUUGAACUGAAAACAAAACCUACAUCUGAAGAAACGGCUCGGCUGAAAUGAGGCCUCCCUGCCUGAAGAGCUGGAGCAGCUGUAGAAGCAUUGAAACCUGUUUCGUUCAUUCUAUGUGAAGCCCUUUUGACUUUAACGUCUUUUUUUUUUUUUAAGAAGUUAUUUCAGUCACUAGGCUCUUGCUGCUAGAAAAUAAAUGCUGCUAUUCUCCUUUUCCUUAA